AUGUCGCUGCCCAACCAAGUCGUGGACGGGUUCAGCCUUACCAACCGAUGGCUGCUGUACACCAGCUUCAUGCUGUCCCCAGCGCAGUUCAUCUCCGGAAUCGGCAGCAACUGUCCCAGCAACAUUGGCUUCCUCGCAUACAACUGGUAUACCCAGCUCCAGUGGUACAAGGCUGUCCGGGGCAAUGAGCUGCACGCAUUGUCGCUGCUGCCCGUCCACUUUAACUUGAUAUACGUGGUCACAUACCUCGGCGGCGUGACUUCUAACAACAUUUUCAUGGCCAUGGUGCUUGGCAUGGGGACGGCGGGCGUCAUCGUUCUAAACACGGUUUCUGCAUGGGUGAGCUGGGCAACGAACCAGCCCGACGGCUUCAACGAGUACCAAUUCUUCUUUUUCGGAUGGCGCACCCUGACGGAAGGGUGGCACAGGUUUAUUCUAGUGUGGCAGAUUAGCGAUUCGAUUUUUGCACUCGUCAGCGUGUUUGCGGCCAUUUACACCGCCAUCCGAAUGGUGUAUCUUGACGAGGUCGACUACUCGUCCAAGAUAAUCCCGUGGCGCGGGGAUUUAAGCAGCGGUAUUUCCAGCUACAAGUAUCCUGAUAUUCUGAUCGGCUCGGCAGUCAUCAUGUUUGGAGGGUGGCCACUUAUUCUGUGGACGGAAUUGAUUGUGCAGCGAAACCACAUCGAGUCGGAUACCGACAUGGUGGCCGUGUGGCUGUUCAUUGCCCAGGCUGUUGCUAUGAUUGUGCCGAGUUGUGGGAACAUUUGGGAAUUAAUACCGUUUGGCUGCCGGCGGAAGAAAUAA